AUGGGUGCACGCGAAUCCACCGGCCGUAACACUGAAUCCGAAGAUGCAGUCCCCGACUACUAUGAGUUGCUAGGUAUCGAGGAAUCGGCAAACGGCGACGAGAUCAAGAAAGCCUUUCGAAAAUUAGCCCUUGUUCAUCAUCCCGACAAGAAUAAAGAUGAUGUCGAAGGUGCUACCAAAAGAUUUGCUGCUAUCCAGCAAGCGUAUGAGGUAUUGAGUGAUGAACAGGAAAGAGCCUGGUAUGACUCUCACAAAGCAUCUCUAGCACCAGAACCUGAUGCAGAAGCCGUCUUCGAUGAUAUUCGAAAAGGUGCUCCGCCUCCCCGUGCCCGCGACAGAGGCCUGACCGUCAGACAUCUCGCUCAAUUUUUUGAUGCGACCAUCUGGUCAGACUUUGAUGACAGCGAAAAUAGUUUCUUCACAAUUUAUCGCAAUCUCUUUACACGCUUGGCACAGGAGGAGAAUCUCAUCUCCCAGAUCGAGUAUCCCAGCUUUGGACAUGCCUCCUGGCCUUGGUCCACACCUAAAUCAAUGGAUGCACCUGCUGCACGCAAUUUCUAUAAUGCGUGGAUUAACUUUGUGACUCUCAAGGAUUUUGUAUGGAUGGAACAGUGGAACCUUGCGGAGGCGCCCGAUCGCCGAGCACGACGACUCAUGGAGAGAGACAACAAAAAGGCCAGGGAUGAGGCACGAAAAGACUAUAAUGAGACUAUCAGACAACUGGCUACUUUCAUUCGCAAGCGCGACCCGCGAUACAAGGCUCAUCUCGCUGUACAAUCUCAAGCCAACAAAAUCUUAUCCGAAGCUAAAGUCCCCACAUCCGGGUCCUCUAUACCACGCCCCCAGCCCGUUAAACCUUAUGUAGAGCAAGCCUGGCAAAGAGCAGGCGGUAUAGAUCAUGAUGCUGAUGCUGACCUUGAGUGGGCGGCAGGUGAAGGUAACACAGAGGAAUGGGAGUGUGUCGCAUGCGGGAAGACGUUUCGCAGCGAAGCUGCAUGGGACAGCCACGAACGUAGCAAGAAGCACAUGCGUGAGAUCGAGAGACUGAAAAGAGAGAUGUGGCAAGAGGAGGAAGCACUCGGGCAUGGUCUAGAGGAGGGAGAAAGCGACGAGAAUGAGGUGGAUGGAGACUUCGAUAGCAAGUUCAUUCCUCCACCUUUACCAUCGCCACCAGAACUGGUACGAGUCGAAAACGAAGAUGCUGAUGAAGCCGGUUCACCCACAGAGGAACUCCCCGCUGAGGAUGACCAACUGGCGCACAAAAAAGGUAAAAAGCACAAGCUCAAGCCCAAAGCAAGACCAUCAAGCGAUGCGCCACCAUCCACUACCACACCACCAGAAAACAAGGAUGAUUUUCAGAAUGUCAUGUCUUCCCAAUCUGAGCUUUCAAAGCGGGAAAAGCGGAAGCUCCGAGAAGCGAAGAAAGCUGCCAAUAUUGUCGAGGCAAAGCACAGCAUGGUUUGCAACGUGUGCAAAUCACCCUUUGAGAGUCGUACGAGGCUAUUUACACACAUCCGCGAAACAGGACACGCGCUUGCUGACUCCGAAGAGCCGGCGCGGGGGAAGAGAGGGCGCAAGGGGCGAUAA